CGGUACAUUCGGUAAUGAACACAAGUGUGUGAACGCCUAAAUUUAUUCUAACCUUUUGGCGAAGUUUUGUGUUUACAUUCAAAGUUACAGUAUCAAUCAAGAUUCACAAUGGGAUUUUUCUGGAGGCUUUGGAACUGUUUAGUAAAUAAUUCAAGCCCCGAAGAGAACGGCAAAUGCUGCGCACAAGAUAAACUGAAAGAGACAGAGGAGCCCUCCUGGCAGAUGGAAAUGCUUUGUUUGGUUGUCGCGAUUCAAGCCAUAGUUAAUGUUUACUUGCUAAUAAAGCGAAGAAGACAACCCGGGAACGGCAGCCAAAAUGCCACACAGCCAAAGACUUCACUAGCAGAGAUUGCGGCGGAUGGCGGUUCUAUUGGCUCGUUGGAUCAGUUCCUUAUGGAGAACAACGACCUCUCAAUCAGUCAGGACAAACCCCAAGCUUCAUCCACACCAGCAGCUAAUGAACAGCUUGGUUCUCCAUCUCUCAGGAAAGCCAAAAAGAUCUAUGAGGCCAAAAUUCAGUCAUAUGUCACAGAAAUUGCUAAAAAGACGGCUGACUACAGCAUUCCACAAGUUCUUCUAGCAUGGGAUAUUAUGCAUAUUGCCAAGGAAGCCCCAGCUGACUCCUCUGACCUGAAUCUCUUAUUAUCAAUAGUUGCCAUGCCGAAAAUUAGCCUCUUGUUAUCAAAAGCUCUGUUGCCUGACAAGAUGAAGAAAAGUCGGAGUUAACCUCUCCAGCCAAUGUAGCCCCAACCUGGAUAAUUGUGUUUAGAUCUUUGAUUUCAUCUCUCUGGAUUCUGUUUCAAAGUUGAUAUUUAACUUACUUAACUUUUUUAAAAAAAAAAGCAAUAGCAAUGCGUGAUACAAGUGUUUAAAAUUUGUAUAUAAAAAAAUUAAUUUGCACUCGUUUUCAGAGCGAGCAUCUCAAUGUAAAAAUGUGUGGAUUAGAAUUGACAAUGUUUCUAAUGGAUAAAGUACAAAGACUCCUAUAGUUAAUAUUUGGUUGUGUUUACAAGCUUUCAAAUGGAUUGUUCAAGAGAUUUAAUUUGACGAGUGUCUUAUAACUGGUUCGUCUAGUUUCAAAAACAUUAGCCUACAUUGGUAAAUUAGUUUGGAGUAUGUUAGGCAGAUGUCUUUAUAGUUAACCUUCACGACUUUCUGACUAGAUACUUUCUUGUUACUGACGAGUUACUGACUGGCUAGUUACUGAGUGACUAGUGACUGAAUGACAAGUUACUAACUAGUUAUUGACUGGCUAGUUACUGAGUGACUAGUGACUGAAUGACAAGUUACUGACUAGUUAUUGACUGACUAGUUACUGACUGGCUAAUUACUGAGUAACAAGUUAUGUCUUGGGUGGUUACUAGUGUUUAAAGCCACCUUGCUUUAUUCUGAACAUUUAAAAAAUUAUUUCUUCUGUUCUAUAUAUAUUUAAAUUGCUGUUGGGCCCAACCAUGAUUUAUGUGUGGCGAUUCAUACAUUUAGAUGGUCUAAGGUAGGCACAGCUGUUGAUUUUAAUUUAAGGAGAAGUUGUCUUAAUUGGAAUAAUUUUAAGAUUGUUUUGUUUUAAUAAAGAUAUGA